AUGCCCCUGAGUAGCACACCUUGCAGGAACACAGGGGGCAGGAAGCUUACCAAAGGGGGGCUCCACCAGGAAGACUGUGAAAUCACCAAACAUUCCCUGGAAAAUAUCUUACUGCAACUGAAAUGCCAUUUCACCUGGAACUUACAUGAUGAAGAAAGUUCCUUAGAUGAUCUGGAGAACAGAGUGCGUGACCAGGCACGGUUUCUAAACAAAGAAUUCAAAGCAAUCAUGUACAAUCUGUUUGCCUAUGUUAAACACCUCCGAGGCCAGAACAAGGCGGCUCUGGAAUAUUUACAGCAAGCAGAAGAGUUCAUCCUGCAUGGACAGGCCCGCCAAGGCAAAAUCCGAAGUCUGGUCACCUGGGGAAACUAUGCCUGGGUCUAUUAUCACAUGGGCAGGCUUCCAGAAGCACAGGCUUACGUUGACAAGGUAGGACAUCUUUGCAAGAAGUUUGCAAGCUCCUACAGAAUUGAAUGCCCCGAGAUUGACUGUGAAAAGGGAUGGGCACUUUUAAAAUGGGGAGAAAAGUAUUAUGAACGGGCUAAGGAGUGUUUUGAGAAGGCUUUGCAAAAGAAACCCACCAAUCCAGAAUUCUCCCUGGGACUGGCCAUCACACUCUACCGUCUGGGUGACAAAGCACCAACAGAGAACACCAUUUGCCUGCUGAGGCGGGCCAUCCGACUGAAUCCUGACAACCAGUAUAUUCACAUUCUCCUGGCUCUGACUCUCCAAAAGACCCAGAAACAAGCUGAAGGAGAUAAGCUAGUCGAAGAGGCCCUGAAGAAAACGCCGUGCCCAACAGACGUCCUCUGCAGCGCAGCCAAAUAUUACCGAAAUAAAGGUACUCUGGACACGGCUAUCGAAUUACUUAAAAAGGCUUUAGAAUCGGUACCGAACAACGUCUAUCAACAUCUGCAGAUCGGAUGCUGCUACAGAGCAAAAAUCCGGCAAAUACAGAGGUCAAGGAGGUACACCACGAAGGAGAAUGAAGAAGAGCUGCAGGAGAUGACGAGACACGCGGUGGAUCACUUUAAGAGAGUUGUCGAGUUGAAUAUUAACCUUCCCCGCGCCUGCUCAGACCUUGCCUGCCUCUAUGCCAUCAUGGGCCAGUAUGAUAAGGCGGAGCAUUACUUCCAGAAAGAAUUCAGUAAGGAUCUGCCUCCAGCGGAGAGACAAGUCCUCCACCUGCGCUAUGGAAACUUCCAGCAGUACCAGCAGCUGCGUGAUGACACCGCCAUCAGUCACUACCUGCAGGGCUUGAACAUCAAUGGGACAGUGACCGAGAAGGAAAAGCUGAUCGUCAACCUAAGAAAAAUUGCCCACAAGCGACUCUCUGAAAACACCUUCGAUGCUGUGGGUUGGCAACUCUCCAGGUUCAUUCGCGAGCUGAAUAGAAAGGGGCACCCGUGGGACAGUCCGCCCCCAGAGGCCGCCCUGCGGGCUGAGAAGGGCAGUGAGGAAAUGACAGAGGGUGCGGGUGGGGCCCGCCACCCAGAGGAGCGGAAGGCCCUAGAGAGAGCCUGUAACCAGUCUUCGGGGCUUCCGAGAGAGAAGAGACAGAGCGAGAAUGAGACAGAGGGGUAG